AUGAAGAUCUUCAACAGCAUUACCCGACGUGUCCGCCUUCUAGUUUCUCCGUCAGCCUUUCACCGUACACACUACACAGGCUCUCUACUCUUCAAUCUCGCUUCAUUCAUCCUGCCCGCUCUCUACGGCACAUUGUCUAAGCUAUGGGUCGCAAACAUUGACUCUUCAAUGGUUGUGUUGACGGAUGCCUAUACGUACAUGAACACGGCUUCGGAGGCUGUCAAUGAAGGGUUACCUCGAGCAGCUUGGGUAAUCAUUGGCGAUAAAGCAUCGAGGUCGCUGGCCAAACGCUUGCAGUUGACUCAUACUUUGAUCGCUUUUCAGACAUCCAUUGGUCUGCUUCUGAGCAUCAUCUUUCUAAGCGCAGCGUCUUCCUUCUCAAAGAGUUUCGUUCCAGUUGAAGUCAGAGAUGUGAGUCUGACCUAUGUACGAAUCACUUCAUUCACCGUCUUGGCUGGGACGUUGGAGACAGCCGUUUCUACAUCGACAAGAGCUUUGGAUAAGCCCGACAUCCCUCUCGCCAUCAGCACCGUCAAGUUCGCCGUCAAUAUUAUUCUCGACUUUCUCAUCAUCUCUCGCUUCCAUGUCGGUUCCUUCACGCCCACGGUGAAUAUGCAAGGCACUAUCCAAUUAGUCUGCAAUCUCGUCGCAGCCAUCGCCGGCCUUGUUUAUUUCCUAUGGUCCAACACGUGGUCUUUUAUCAAGCAUACACCACACGAUCCGCAAGAGACAAGGCUACGACCAUCUUUCGACUGUCUCAAGAUUCUUCUACCCCCUGGCUUAAUCUUCUUCACCGAGUCAGCUGUUCGGAAUGCAUUAUACCUGUGGCUCGUCAGCACCAUCGUUGCCUUGGGCGCCGUGUAUGCUACAGCCUGGGGUGUAUUCAACACUAUCCGCUGGGGUUUGAUCAUGGUACCUGUGCAAGCGUUGGAAGCCACCGCGUUACAAUUCAUCGGACACAACUGGGGAGACUGGAGACGACGCGUGGAUAUCAGCACACGAAAGCCUCGCGCUUCACUGAAAGAUUUGCAGGGCAUCAUACGGCCAGCACUGCGGUCUUUGACACUCGCAAUCAUUUUUGAAGUCCCCAUAGCCAUCUUCCUCACUCUCUUCGGCGCCAAGCCCUUUGCAUUAUACAUCAGCGGUUCAGACGAAGUAGCUGAAGUGACGGCGUAUAUGUGGCGGAGUCUAGACUGGUGCUAUGUAUUUUACGCCAUGUCAACACAGCUUGCCACGAUCCUUGUUGCGACGCGACCAAAGUGGUAUCUCUAUCAGAGUCUUGCGAGUAAUCUACUUUAUGUACUGCCAUGGGCUAUUGUGUGCCAGGUAGAUGACUUGAACGAUGGCAAUGCAUGGUGGUAUUACAAGUUUGUCUUUGGAGGGAGUCUUGUUUUUAGUUUUGGGGAUAUUCUUGUUGUUGAUUCGCUUUGGGCUUGGAGUCUGUAUUAUGGAAAGGCUAAGUUGGAGGCUUUUAGAGAGUGA